AUGUUAGAUAUCAGCAGCAACAAUCUUUCAGGAGAAAUUCCCCAAAAUCUUCAAAAGUUAGGAUCAUUGGAGAUUCUCAAUGUAUCACACAACAAUCUAUCCGGAACAAUCCCACAAUCCUUUUCAAAUAUGGGCAGCCUUCAAUCUGUGGACUUCUCUUACAACCACUUGUCAGGUUUGAUACCAACUGGUGGUGUUUUCCAGACAGAAAGUGCUGAAGCUUUUGUUGGGAACUCAGGUUUGUGUGGUGAUGUAAAGGGAUUAACAUGUGCCAAAAACCAUUCUGGAGGGUCCAACAAAAAGGUACUUCUUGGUGUUACUAUAUCAGUUGGUGGAGUAUUUUUUAUAGGGAUGAUUGGUGUUGGAAUCCUGCUAUUUCAAAGGAAAGCCAAAAAACUUAGUGAAGAAUCCAAAAGCAUUGAAGAUAAUGAUCAAUCUAUUUGCUUGAUAUGGGGAAGAGAUGGAAAGUUCACAUUUUCUGAUCUUGUGAAAGCAACCAAUGACUUCAAUGAAAAGUAUUGCAUUGGAAAAGGAGGAUUUGGAAGUGUUUAUAGAGCAGAACUACCUACAGGUCAAGUUGUUGCUGUUAAAAGACUCAACAUAUCAGAUUCUGAUGACAUUCCAAAAGAGAACCGCAUGAGCUUCAUAAAUGAGAUAAGAUCACUUACAGGAGUGAGGCACAGGAAUAUAAUAAAGCUAUAUGGUUUUUGUUCAAUGAGGGGAGACAUGUUCUUGGUUUAUGAACAUGUAGAGAGAGGAAGUCUGGGGAAAAUGUUGUAUGGAGAAGAAGGAAUAUCGGAGCUAAGUUGGCGUACAAGGGUGAGAAUUGUGCAAGGAUUAGCACAUGCAAUUGCUUACCUACAUAGUGAUUGUUCUCCACCAAUCGUGCACAGAGAUAUCACACCGAACAAUAUACUGCUGGAUUCAGAUUUUGUGCCUCAUCUUGCAGAUUUUGGCACUGCAAAGCUGCUAAGCUCUAACAAUUCAACCUGGACUUCAGUUGCAGGAACCUAUGGCUACAUGGCUCCAGAGCUAGCACAAACCAUGAGGGUGACUGAAAAAUGUGACGUGUAUAGUUUUGGUGUGGUGGUGUUAGAGAUAUUGAUGGGAACACACCCCGGAGACUUCUUGAAUAUCCUAUACUCAAACAAGUCUUUGGCAUUAAUGGAAGUGCUUGUGAAGGAUGUUGUAGACCAGCAGCUUCCACCUCCUACAGACGAAUUAGGCGAAACAAUAAUGUUUACAAUGAGAGUAGCUUUGGCAUGCACAAGUGCUGCUCCAGAGUCUAGACCCAUGAUGCGUUCUGUUGCGCAAGAACUAUCAGCUACUGCACAGGCUCGUCAUUCUCAGCCAUUUGAUAUGAUGACCGUAGGCAAGCUUACAGGAUUGCAAAAUUAG